GACCUUUGUGAAGAAAAUACUGAAGGUGGUAAUUCUAUUGAAUGAUAAUGUGGAUCCUUUUGCCUGUAUAUGUCAUGAUGCUUGGGCCUCUGAACAGAUCCUGGGGUGGUAUAGUAAGCGGCAAAUGGAACAGCAGAGAAACCAGAAGAUGGUUCAACAACAACAACAACAACAAGAGGAGCUUGAGGAGAUGCAACAUGGCCCGUUCCCUGUCGAGCAACUUCAGGCAUCGGACAUUGCAUCCCUGGACGUAAAGAAGCUUAAGGAUGCAGGUCUUUGCACGGUCGAAUCUGUUGCUUACACCCCAAGGAAAGAUCUUCUUCAGAUCAAAGGAAUUAGUGAAGCUAAAGUUGACAAGAUCAUGGAAGCAGCUUCCAAACUGGUUCCGUUGGGUUUCACCAGUGCUAGCCAGCUCCAUGCUCAGAGGUUCGAGAUAAUUCAGAUAACAUCUGGGUCAAGUGAACUUGAUAAAAUUUUGGAAGGUGGAAUUGAGACAGGAUCCAUUACUGAGAUAUAUGGUGAGUUCCGUUCUGGAAAGACGCAGCUCUGUCAAACAUUGUGCGUCACAUGUCAACUUCCAUUAGAUCAAGGAGGCGGUGAGGGAAAAGCAAUGUACAUAGAUGCUUAAGGGACAUUCAGACCACAAAGACUCUUACAGAUAGCGGAGAGGUUUGGACUGAAUGGUGCUGAUGUCUUGGAGAAUGUGGCCUAUGCUAGAGCAUAUAACACUGAUCAUCAGUCUAGGCUUUUGCUUGAAGCAGCUUCAAUGAUGGUGGAAACAAGAUUCGCCCUUAUGAUAGUAGAUAGUGCUACUGCCCUCUACAGAACAGAUUUUACUGGCAGGGGUGAACUCUCUGCCUGACAAAUGCAUCUUGCAAAAUUCCUCAGAAGCCUUCAGAAGUUGGCAGAUGAGUUUGGUGUGGCUGUUGUAAUUACAAACCAAGUAGUUGCCCAAGUGGAUGGUUCGGCAAUCUUUGCUGGACCUCAAAUUAAGCCUAUUGGUGGUAACAUCAUGGCUCAUGCUUCCACAACAAGACUGACUCUCCGGAUGGGAAGAGGGGAGGAGCGCAUUUGUAAAGUAAUAAGCUCGCCUUGCUUGGCUGAGGCUGAAGCUCGAUUUCAGAUUUCUCCAGGAGGUGUUGCUGAUGUCAAGGACUGACCCACUGUGUUUUUUUAUUCUUGGACCAUAUUUGGUCCUACUUCUAAUUUUGGAACAUAUGAUGUAACAAUUAGGAAAUAUUUUGUUAAAUACUGUUUUAUAGUUUUUAUCAUAUUAUUUUUAAAAGUAUUUUUUGGAAUUGUUAAACAACUUCU